GCAAAUGUUUAUUUAUUGUAGUGUUUAGGUACUGUCUUUGUUUAAGGUUUUUAAUGUAACAGUUUAAGUUAAUAAAUGUUUUCAUCAAAAAGUUCUUCAAUAUCUGGAAUAGAAAAUAGCAAUCAUGGAAAUGUCUACAGUAGCAAAUCAUAUGCGGAAUCAACAGGUUGGUCUGCACCCACUGAUCCACCAAGAGAAAGCUACAGCUCACCCACAAAUUACCCGAACACUGUAACAAACACGGCUGCUCGAAGUCCUAACGUGGUGGUUGGACAACCAGGUGGACCAAGUGGGAAACCACCGAUGACCCCAGGACCAUACGGUUAUCCACGUGAGCAAAGCGUGAUGUUGAAUUUACAUCGACCAAAUAGUUCAUCACCAAAUAGUAGCAACAACAAUAACAACCCAUACCCGAACAAACGAAGACAACCCGAAGUCCAUGCACCUGGGAAGAGACGACGCGGACCUUACUCACCAACUCAAAGUGAGGAUUAUCAUUCAUACCAAGCACCAAUUACCCCAGGUGAUCCAAUGCAUGGUUCAGGGGACUGGUCAUCACCAGGUUAUACUGGGACCAUGGGUCAGUAUGGACAAUGCCAUCCAGCGGAAAGAAUGGACUACAGACCAGACAGUUCACCUCAUAUGGGUAGUUGCCAACAAACUGGAAUGCAUGGUUCCUAUCCUAAUCUUACAUCACCAUACGGAAUAAACGAGAUCUACCAGAACAACUCUGGGUUUCAAGCAAGCCCUGCAGCCACACCUUCACCUAUGCUUGGUAAUAACCAAUGGAGACAACAUCCGGUCGAAUCCUUUCCCAAUCAACACAACACACCAUCUCAAAGUUUGGAUGAUGUGGUUGCAGUGCUUGGUGACCAUGCAGGUAUACAUAACGAAAUGCAUCGUCAACAAGUUGGCUACCCACCCCACACCCCAAUAACGUGGGGCUCGCAGAAUGGAUCUGACGUGGCCGGGUACUCGAGGAUGGCUCAUUCAAACACACCAUUGAUCAGCCCAACCAACUCCACAAACAUGUCUGGCAACACUGCUAACUAUCCCCUCUCACAACCACCUGCCUCACACCAAACCAGGCAGAUAUUUUCACCAACUGGCACCAGUAAUGUUCAACCCGCAUCAAUCAACUCGGACAACACAAGUAACAGCGGUGCAAGCAGCAUUGAUGAUAAUAUACUCAACAUAAAGAAAGAGAAAGAUUCUGCUGAUUUAAAAGUGAAGACCAACUCGCGAGCUGCAAAAACAAAAGCGAGAUCUGCAAGCAGCAAAUCCAUGGAGGACAAAGUAGAUGAUGAUGAUGAGAGCAAAGAGGAGCGGGAUUUACGGAGAAGUAGCAUAGGAUCCAAAGAUAAUGACGAGGACUUGACCGCGGAGGAGAGGGAGAAGAGAGAGAAAGAUCGGAGGAUGGCAAACAACGCACGAGAACGUCUCAGAGUCCGAGAUAUAAAUGAAGCAUUUAAAGAACUUGGACACAUGGUUCAAAUACACAUGAAUCAAGAUAAACCACAAACGAAACUCACCAUUCUCCAUCACGCUGUACAAGUUAUUCUUGGUUUAGAACAUGAAGUUAGAGAGAGAAAUUUGAAUCCUAAAGCAGCUUGUUUGAAACGAAGAGAUGAAGAGAAAGCAGCCACUUCAUCCAUGCAACAACAACCAGCAGUUGAUGAAGGAAGACUUUCCAACACCAUUCAUGCACAGCCAAGCAAACGAUCACGCAGUGGUAGUGGGGUUACAGCCCCUGUUGCUCCAGGUUACCCUGGUGCUUCAACCCAUCCGAACUACCAUCAGAACCCACACAACCAAGGUGACCCAAACUCAAUACCCCAACACCCAUAUGGCAUCAAACACUAUGGACCACAUCCAGGUGAAAUGAUGACAUCAGAAAGUAUGUCAAGCUUCAACGAGCACGGUUACGUAAGUCCUGACGUCAUGGGUAUGGACCCCGGUGUGCAGCUCGACACUCCUUUCUCAACGGGUCACCCUUAAAUGUGACGUCACAGAUCCCACACUUCACCCUGUGACGUCACAAGCAGUGCUCGGUAGCACCCCUAGCGGAGAGACCGGACUAGUUUUUAUGUUUCCUUCCCAUCAUGGUACGAGAUUUAAGCAGCCGACGGCGCCGUAGUUUCUCCCGCCCGUGUUGCUUCGUGUGUGCUUACGCCUGUAUUUAACGUUUUUGUUUCAUUGCUUUUGCGUUUCGCCCUGCGUUGGUUCUCCCACGGUGCUCUCCAACUCUUACGAACGGUGCUACCACCAAACGGAUCGUUACAAACCAAGUUCAAACGUGCGUUCACAAAAAAAAACAUCCAACUACUUUGCUACUUUUCAUACACACCCGUUGUCCCCAUAUACUUAUAAAUCAGUUUUUACUUAAGUAUUCUUUUUCUACAUUUGUAGCACGAUCACUCUCUAUUGCAAUUGACGCCUUAUUGUUAUUAAUAGUCCUUUUUAUAUCACGAAAGAGAGCUACUGUAUUUUUAUUGUUUUAAACGAACGAGUAUCCCCAGUUCUUCUGAGUAGCAGUGCCGUCUUAUAUAUAUUCUCGAUUCCGCUUUUUCGUUCGGAUAACGCCAAGUGCCAAACAUCAAGUGGCAAAAGUUAUAAAUGUUGAAGUUUUUUUCUAUUUUCCCUUGACACCGACCAAGUACUGCCGCAUAUAAUGUUGUUAAUUUCUUAUCGCGUAGUAGUUGUCUGCCGGCAGAGCAAUUGGUAUGUAGCGUAUUGUGCGCGCCGGCCACCGUUCUGCCCGUUGCAUAGUGUAUGCAGCCCAGUCUUUUACACAAGCAUUGGUAUUAUAACACUCGGUCGAUUUUAUUCUCGAUCCUGUAUUAAGCCGGCACCGUGUUAAAGUGCAGUAUUUCCCCCGCGAUGUGUCAGUCCACACCACCCCACCCCACACUACAAAAUCACCAAUGAAUUGUUCGUUUGCGCAGUAUUGUUGUUUGCCGAUGAAAUAAUUCAAGUCAUGCAGUUUUACUGGGCAUGUACAUUCUGGUGUGUUACGCAACUGCUAAGGUCUCCCAACCUCGUCAGUUUGCAAUGUACAUUCUUACCUAGACAUUUUCUUGUGUACUUUUUACAGUUACUUCCUGGACGUUACCGUUUACUAAGAACACACAAGUGGAGCCCCAUGUAUAGAUCAUGUUACUGCAAAACAACACUUGUUCUGUAGAAGUCGCUUCGAAUCGCUUUUUUGUAUUAAUUGCUUUUAGGUAUUUUGCAUUAAAAUGAGUUGGAUUGGA